CAAACCGUCGUCACACUUUUCUACGUCUCAUCGAUCCCCCCUCUCUUUCCCAUUCCCCCCCAUUCAUAUCGUUGGGUCACGGUCCAACGACCUGCUCUGGGUUCCCCCUCACCACCAUCGAUACUGUAGCCGCCAUGACCACUACCCAAGACUCUACGGCCAAGACCAUGCCGGAUGACGGCACGGGUGUUCUCCAGAUUGACCCUUGGCUGGAGCCUUACAAGGCUGGCCUCCAACAGAGGUACUCCGAGUACAAGAAGGCCUUGAACUUCAUCAACCAGCAUGAGGGAGGCCUGGACAAGUUCUCCCAAAGCUACAAGACGAUGGGCUUCCAAGUGGACGACAAGGGCGGGGUUUCCUACCGUGAAUGGGCACCCGGAGCCGUCCAGGCUCGGCUCAUCGGCGACUUCAACAACUGGUCGCAUACUGCCAACCCCAUGACCAAGAAUGAGUUUGGCGUUUGGGAGUGCUACGUGCCUCCUACCUCCCCAGGCGUCUGCGCAAUCCCUCACGACUCCAUGCUCAAGAUCUCGAUGACUACCCCAAGCGGAGAGAGCUUGGAUCGCCUCCCUGCCUGGGCCACUCGUGUCACUCAAGACCUGAACGUGUCUCCCGUGUAUGACGCUCGAUUCUGGAACCCUCCCAAGAGUGACCGAUACCAGUUCAAGAAUGGCCAUUCUCAGAACUCCAUCGAGGGCCUCAAGAUCUACGAGGCACAUGUUGGAAUCUCCAGCCCCAACAUGCGCGUCACCACAUACAAGGAGUUCGAGACGGAUGUCCUGCCGAGGAUCAAAGCCCUCGGGUACAACACCAUUCAAAUGAUGGCCAUUAUGGAGCAUGCGUACUACGCCUCGUUUGGCUAUCAGGUUACCAGCUUCUUUGCGGCCUCGUCCCGUUAUGGUACCCCGGAGGAGCUCAAAAGUCUUGUCGACAAGGCCCAUGAGCUGGGAUUGACUGUGCUCCUCGACGUUGUUCACUCGCACGCCAGUAAGAAUGUUCUUGACGGCCUCAAUAUGUACGAUGGUACAGACCACCACUACUUCCACGAAGGCGGUCGUGGCCGUCACGAUCUCUGGGACUCGCGCCUCUUCAACUACGGCCACCCUGAGGUCCAGCGCUUCCUCCUCUCGAACCUCCGCUUCUGGAUGGACGAGUACAAGUUUGACGGCUUCCGUUUCGAUGGUGUCACCAGCAUGAUGUACAAGCACCAUGGCAUGGGCGUCGGUUUCUCAGGCGGAUACCACGAGUACUUUGGGGACUCGGUCGACCUCGAAGCCAUGGUUUAUCUCAUGCUCUCCAACCAAAUGCUUCACGAGCUGUAUCCGAAGGUCGUGACGAUCGCGGAGGAUGUCUCCGGCAUGCCUACACUCUGCCGCCCCGUCGCUGAAGGGGGUGUCGGGUUUGACUACCGGCUUGCAAUGGCGAUUCCUGACAUGUGGAUCAAGUUGCUCAAGGAGAAGUCGGAUGACGAGUGGGACAUGGGCCACAUUGUCCACACGCUCACUGACCGACGACACUUGGAGCGUACCGUGGCCUACGCCGAGAGCCAUGACCAGGCCCUCGUCGGAGACAAGACCUUGGCCUUCUGGCUGAUGGACAAGGAAAUGUAUGAGUACAUGUCGGAUCUUACUCCAUUCACCCCUGUUAUUGAGCGCGGCAUGGCCCUCCACAAGAUGAUCCGCCUGUUGGUCCACGCCCUUGGAGGUGAAGCAUACCUGAACUUUGAGGGUAACGAGUUUGGCCACCCAGAGUGGAUGGACUUCCCUCGCGAAGGCAAUGGCGACUCUUUCGCCCACGCUCGUCGUCAGUUCAACCUCGUCGACGACCACCUCCUGCGUUACAAGUACCUCAACGCCUGGGACACGGCUGUACAGACCCUGGAAGACAAGUACAAGUGGCUUAGCUCGCCGCAGGCCUACGUUUCGCUUAAGCACGAAGGUGACAAGGUGAUCGUUUUUGAACGCGCCGGUCUCCUUUUCAUCUUCAACUUCCAUCCAACCAACUCUUUCGCCGACUACCGUGUUGGCGUCGACACCCCUGGCAAGUACCAUGUCGUCUUGAACUCGGACGACAAGCAAUUCGGGGGCCUUGAGCGAGUAAACAGCAGCGGCGAGUACUUUACGACCCCCAUGGAGUGGAACGGGAGGAAGAACUGGCUCCAGGUCUACAUCCCGACGCGCACGGCCCUGGUUCUUGGCCAGUAGUUGACGAGUGCAUUAAGUUUAGUUAGUAACAGCAAGGCGUGGAACAGUAAACGGAUGAAUGUCUCCUCUAUGAUGCCACAGAAACA